CUCGAGUUUUACGAAACUCCUCACACUUCCUUCCAAAUAUUUCACUCCUAUCUCACCUUUGACCUCUGACCGACGCGUCAUGACGUCAUAGUUGAGCGUCGCGACCUUAAAAAAUUAGCUCACACAUUUCCAAAAAAAAAAAAAAAAAAAAGCAGCAAGCAGUCGCAGGUUUCCCGGUCAGAAAAAAACGAAGGAAACAAAGGCAUCAUACGAAAUACAGCUAGAGUUGUCUGGAUUGCUUAAUCUGGUGAGUUUGCGACAACAGGCGGACACAGUUAGAGCAGGGAAGACGGAAAGCGAGCAGAGUGUAUGCGGGAAGGUACGAGGUCCUGAGAACCCCAUCAAGAUGGAAGAACAGCAUAUUCACUGUUUGAAUUGUGUGAGCAGACGCUGCAUGGCAAGGCCAGAGACAGGGGUCUCCUGUGAGCUAAUUGGCUGCCCCUUGGUGUGUGGAGCUAUUUUUCAUUCCUGCAAAAUAGAUGAACAUCGACUUUUGUGCCCACUAGAGAGAGUGCCUUGUUUGAAUAGUGACUUUGGGUGUCCUUUUUUAAUUGCUCGUAACAAACUUGCUGAACACCUUUCACUCUGUCCAGCCAGUGUAGUGUGUUGUACAAUGGAAUGGAACCGAUGGCCAGUGAGUUAUGCAGACCAGAAAUCUUACGAAAACUUGAGUAAGGAAGUUGAUGAAGUUGAACAACUUGACAUGGCUUUAGCACUGCAGGAUCAGCGCAUGUUACUUGAAUCUCUUAAAGUUGCAACCAUGGUGUCCAAAACCGCAGAGAAGCAAUCUGGAAUUACAGAAAAAACAACUGUAACAACAAGUAUACCAGAAGAAAAAUCUUCCAAUGGAUUAAUUGCUAUGGAUGAAGAAUCAUAUAAUGAACUUUACCUUGCAACAGUUGAGACUACUAGAAGCUUAGCAGCAGCUCUGGAUAUCUUGAGCAAUGCAACCAAGGACAUGGACCUCAUAAACGGUACUUUUUCAGGUGAUCAUUCUGAAAGGAAUGGACAGGUCCUAGUUAGUGAGAUGAAGGAUUUAAAUGUGCAGAUUGUUGAAAUGAAAGACUCUGUUGAUGAUAAUGAAGCUGAGCUUGGAGCCGUUGGAGGAGAAGAACAUAAAAUUGUAAUGGAAAGCUUGAAUGAAAAGUUUUCCUGGUCGGAACAUAAUGGAUUUGUCAACAUUUUGGGGGAUUUAGAUGAAGAGCAAAUAGUUAAUUCAGUGGACAUGGUAAAUGACAAAGUUUCAUUUUGUAAUGGUUUUCACAAUGUAGGUAGACAGCAAGAUUCUGAUCAUGAUGAAAUGGAUUUGGAUACUACAAUUGGAAGAAAUGCUGAGAUGAAAGGAUCUUGGGAAUUGCAAGAACCAGACAAGCAAAUAAUGCCUUUGUAUUCCAUACCAUUGGAUCUGCAGCAAAUCUCAGAAUCUCAUGUAUCACCGGUUUCUGAAGGGCAGCAGAAUUUUGGUGUUCUGCAUCAUUCUUCUGAUUUUAGUGAUCGUAGAAUAGAUCGCAAACUGCACAGUCUUCAGGUGUUAAGAAGUUUGGGCGUUUUUAAUGGUCACAGAUUAUUACUUGCUGAUCCUUUUUCUUUUCGUGCUAAAAUGGAAGACAAAGCUGUGGACACAUCUGAUUUGGAGGUUGCAGAGGACCCUAUGGGUCUUCAUGGGAUCGAUCUUAUCACUGCUGCCUUAUUAUUUUGCCUGGGUGACUCUCCUGGAGGACGAGGGAUUUCUGACAGCCGAUUUGUAGAUGGGUAUCGAAUUGAUUUUGGAACACAGACCUUCUCGUUUCCUUCAGCAAUUUUAGCUACAAACACUAUGGUUGGUGAAAUAGCAUCAGCUUCAGCCUGUGAUCAUGCAAAUCCUCAAUUAUCAAACCCAAGCCCUUUCCAGACAUUACGGCUGGACCUUGUUCUGGAAUGUGUGGCUCGCUACCAAACAAAACAACGCUCCAUGUUUACCUUUGUUUGUGGGCAGUUAUUUAGGAGAGAUGAGUUUUCAUCUCAUUUUAAAAAUGUACAUGGUGAUAUACAUGCUGGCUUGAAUGGCUGGAUGGAACAUAGGUGUCCACUUGCUUACUAUGGAUGCACCUAUUCACAAAGGAGGUUUUGCCCUUCUGUUCAGGGUUCAAAAGUUAUCCAUGAUCGGCACUUAAGAUCAUUUGGGGUUCAGCCCCGGGUUUUUAAACCAUUGACUGAAUCUAUUUAUAUUAAUUUUCAAUUUGGAUCUCGGUACGAUUAUCUUAGCACACUACCUUUUGAAGUUUUACAACACAUUGCUGGGUUUCUUGAUGGCUUUAGCUUAUGCCAGCUGUCAAGAGUGUCCCGAUUGAUGAGAGAUGUCUGUGCCAGUUUGCUCCAGGUUCGUGGAAUGGUGAUUCUUUUGUGGGAAAAACGUCAGUAUUCAAACUCCACCUCAUCUUGGCAGAUAAAAAAUAAGGUGUGGAAAUUCAGUACUGCUUUUGGCACUGUGAAUGAGUGGAAAUUUGCCAAUAUUGCCAAUAUGGCAGAUCAUCUGAAAAAGUGCAAGUUUAACACUGUGGAGAAGAGGGAAGAGGCAAUUCCCUUGCCAUGUAUGUGUGUAACAAGAGAACUCACAAAAGAGGGGCGUUCACUACGCUCUGUUCUAAAGCCAGUCCUCUAGAACUGUAGGCUUUUUUAAUUGUACCAACUUGAAAGAAACUGAAGCACUCAAAACCACUCUGACACUUUACCAAUGUAUUGCGGAUAUCUUCUGUAUGUCAGAUCUGAUUUGUCACUGUGUACAUAAAAUGUUUAGAUGUUGAAUUUAUUUUUUAUAUAAAAAUUAUAAUAUUGUGCUGCAUCGAAGUUAAUAACCGGCGCCUUAAUUGAUAUGUAAUGACCCUGAACUUGCUGGACAUGGUAAGUUGUUGUUGUUUAUUAUUAUUAUUUAUACAUCAGUUUAUUUUCUCAGCGGGAUUAUGAUGUGUAUGAGAAAUUGGUUUUCUUGCAUGGUUCAUUCAGAAAUUUGUGCCCUCUUAAGAGGGUAACCUAAACCAAAAAAACCAUGAAUACCACAGCUAAAUUUAACAUUUACUUUUGGGUCCUAACUAAAACAACAGUCAGCAAAGAGAUCCCCAAGAAGGUAUAAAUUGCAUGUUGCUUUUUUUUUUUCUUCCCUCCAAUCAACAAGUCAAGUUUCAUACCAAAUUUGUUUUUAUGUGAAAUUUUGCCAUCAAAACGUAUUUACUGGUAUACGGCUUGUGACAGUAAUCAUUUUUGUGCACCAGAACAAUGCAUGCUUUCCCUUUGUUUGAACUUGUUUUGCAAUAUCUUCACCUUGUAAAGAAAUUUAAAUACUUUUUAGACUGUGCACAAACAAUUUUAUUUAGAUACAGUAUAUUUUAAGACACAAUGCUAGUGCAUUAGGCAGUGUCAUCUUUAGCACUUUAUUUUUGAUUCAGAAUAUUUGUGUCAGGAUAUUUCUGCAUUUCUAAUAUUUAUCACACUAAGGGGAGCAACAUUUUUAUUCCUAAUGUUUUACAUAUUUGUCACUCAUUUCUAAAUGAUUAUGUUUACAGAAAUUAAAGAAGAAUUAGUAUAUGCUUACAAACUUGUCUGACUUGUAGAAUCUGCGAGUUUUACUUGUGUUGCUUUGGUUCUUGCAUCUCUACAGAGAUAGCAAGAUGACAGAGCAACCACCUGUAAGAUUAAAGUUUUCAUUGAAAAAGGUUUCUCCCCUAUGCACAGAAUGUUUGCAAUAAUAUUGAAGAAAGGGCUUUUACAGUGUUUCACAUUGUUGUUGUGUAUGGACUGUGUGUUUUGUAGUUUACAAUUAUGAGACCUACGAACAAGACUGUGCUGUUUCAGAAAGCUUCCUUAUUUUGAGCACUGUAAACAAAAAAAAGACAGUCCUAUAUCAUCACACUUUUUAUUUAUUAAAAAUAAUAUCAUAAAUGAGAAAGUGAUUAUAAGUAGACAAGCUGUUUUAUAAUGAACAAUAUAUGUGGCCGACUCAUUGUGUUAUUGAGGACUAACAAGUCCCUGUUUGAGUUGUCAUUAGAAUAUACUUUUAAUAAAUAUUCUUUAAUGAAAACAGCCUACCAGGUAAGGACCGUUUACAAAAGUUCCACUCAUCUGUCUUAACUAAUUCUGUGCAAUACAACAAUGUAAUAUUUACUAUAUAUUCUUUUCUGCAUGGAUUUCUUUAUAUUGAUAUAUUAGUAGCAUUGUAAUUGAUUAAAAUACAACACAUGACUGCUUGCACAUUAAUGAGUUGCACCAUUGAAGCCAAAUCAGUGGGUGAAAAGACGCUCAUAUUGGUAUGCAUCCAUCCAUGAGAAAUGGUCUCUAGAGUCUGGAUGACAUACUUGUACUUUUCUGGUUUAAAGAUGAAAAUCCAAAGAGAUAAAAGUAAUGUCUGGUGGUUACUUUUUUCAGUGCAAAAAUAUGUGAACACACUUCCAUAAUAAACCUUAAAUAUAUAUUAUCCUUAGAAAUAAUGGUCACUUAUUACACCAGCAGACAUACAUCAUAAUCCUGGCCAUAAAAGCAUGUGUAAAAUGAAUAACACCAUGUUUUUUUUCCAUAAAAGGAAUAAGAUGUGUGGAUUUUUUAUAUACAGUGUAUGGUUAAUGAACUCUAAAGAAACACAAAUUACACAUACUGUAUUUUUGCUGCUCAUACUAAUCUUGAUAGUUAAUUGUUAACAGUGAGAAUUUUUCUUUCAUAUUCUGUUAAAUAUCUUGUGAAUCCUUUUUCAAUUUAUAGAGUGUAUGAAUUAAUGCUUGAUUGUAUCAAUAUAUUGAGAGUGUAAAACUAGCUUCCUGGAGAGAUGUUUCAGUCAAUUUUAAACCUCUAGUUUAUGGUGCUUUUCAUAGUAGAUCCAGGUACUAGUAACCAAUAAUGCAGCACAAUUCUUGUUUAAGUGUUAGCUUUACUAAAACUGCAUAAUUCUGGCUAAUGGGAACUAUGUUAUAUCCCAUUCUUCUACACAUAUA